CUGCACAGUGCACCGUGACUGGGCAGGCCCGCCUUGCCGCUGCGAAGUGCAGAUCAGCAGCCAUGGCGCACAUGGGCGCACAUGGGCCGGACGAGCCAGUCAAGCCGCGGCUCGGCCUGCAGGCUUUAUGUUCGUACCAUGACUCCUGAGCAGCAGACCAGGGCCAGUGGGCAGGGCAUUGAUUGGCAGUGGCGCGUCCCUAUCGCGUCUCCUUAUCUGCAUUCUGAUCGCCAGUGCAACAAUGAAUGUGCUUUCCGACCUGCUUCGUUGAAAAUGCGGACGUGGGCAGCAUAUGUCGUCCUUUUCAUCUAGAAGGCACGUCUGCAAAUCCCUGAGGCCACGCUGCUAGGGCUGGUGUGGCGCAGGACCAUGGCGGCCCGGCUGCGGUGUAUCACGGUGGACAUCACAGGGACACUGAUGCGCUACGUGGGGCACAUUGGGGACUACUAUUGCAUGGCCGCGAAGCGGGCAGGGCAAACCUGUCCCGACUAUGACAAGGUGCUGCAGGGCUUUAAGGUCGGGUACGAGCAGGUGAGCAAGCAGUACCCGUGCUUUGGGAUGCACGCGGGCAUGAACAACAAGGACUGGUGGCGCCUGGUGGUGCAGCGCUCGUUUGAAGAAGCGGGCUACUUCUACAACAAGGAGACGGGAGAAGCCAUCUUUGAGCGCAUCUACUCCAUCUUUGGCUCCAGGGCCCCUUACGAGGUGUUUGACGACGUGGUGCCGUUCCUGCGUUGGGCGCGCGCUCAAGGGUUCAAGACGGGCAGCCUCAGCAAUGCCGCCGCGCGCUACCGCGACCAGAUCAUGCCCGCACUGGGCAUCGUGGAGGGCUCGGAGCUUGACUUUCAAGUCUAUUCCGGUCUGAUUGGCAUCGAGAAGCCGGACCCCCGCAUCUUUGAGGUUGCUCGGCAGGCAGCAGGGGCUCCGGAUCCAAGCUCCAUACUGCACAUAGGCGACAGCUUUCGCAAGGACUACCAAGCUGCAGAGAACGCUGGUUGGAACGCUUUGCUGAUUGAUCGCUUCUCUAGUCCAGAUGCGAAGAUGUGUGUUGCAGCCAAGGGCCAUGUAGUGAAGAACCUGGAUGAAGCACGUCAAUGGAUACAUCAAAGAGGUUUGCUUGAGGUUUUGAUUUGACGCAUGGAUAUGCUCAAGCACUGUAACUGGAUGUACGUCAGAAUUGCAACAGCUAGCGUAGAUUCCGUAUGUCAAAAAAGAGUCCGAUCAGAGAGCUGCUAACUAUGUACAUCCAUUCAAUGCUUCAAGUCCGUGCAUAUUUAUUGAAUUGAGAUUUCUAUUGUAACCUGGUCACCAAUUGUGUAUAGUACAGCUCCUUUCCGCUUGCAAUC